GGAACGAUUCUAUUCAAGAGCAUUGAUCCAUUACAUUUGAUACCAGAGUGGUUUAAUGUAAUCAGCCCACCUUCUGCAGCUCAUCAGUAUGCUGCAGGGCGAGCAGAAGUCUGGCAGCACUGUUCAAAGGCUCCAGAGUAUUUACUCACACUCAGGGAUAUUACAUUAGUAUCGAUUCUGUGCUGCUUCGCUCAGUAUUUAUAGGAAAAUUGUUUCUGGAAUCCAUUCCUUGAAAACACUAUAUUUAUAGGACAAGCCCGUGUUGUUUAUUUUUGAUUCCAGCUUGUUCGGAGACAACAAAUUAUCUCUAAAAAUAGAACUACAAUUCCCAGAAUUCCACAGGACGUCAACUGUGUUGUGUUUCUGCCACCGUGCGGCCGUGGAUAGUAAGUGCAUGGAAAUGUGCUCGUUCAUUCAUACAGUCACUACCAUGCAGGCAGCUCGACCAGGACCAUCUGCGGCAGCAACAGUAGACAUGUAGGGAAAAAAAUUAAUCAAAUAAAGGAAGUGAUUUAACAUGGACUGAAGAAUAAUGUGCCUCGGCUGCCAUCUUAACCAUCACCAUCAUGUUCCCGGGAGUUUUCUAUGCAUUGCUGGCGGGUUUCCUCGGAGCCGUGGCGUCGUCGUCGGCCAAACUGUCCCUGGGAGCCGACUAUCUGAAGGGAGUCUGUGAAACCGGACUCCGGACGUGGGGCGAGCAGCGGAAAUUCAGACACGCGGAUGAAACCACAGCGUGUGACCGGCUCCACAUCCCUCUGAGGCUGCUGUGUGGUGGUCUUCUUUUCACCUGCAACGCUGUGAUGUGGACCUUCCUCGCCAAAGCACUCAGGUACUCCUCUUCCUCCACACGAACCACUGUGACCACCACUGCCUCCAACUUCGUAUCUUCCGCUUUCCUGGGCCAGCUGAUCUUUGGGGAACCCCAGAUAACACUGUGGUGGGUCGGGAUCUCGUUGACCUUUUCAGGUCUGUUGGUACUGCAGAGGAUUUCUCCACAGGAUCGGCAUCAGACUGCAGCCACAGCGAAGGACGAAUAACGUGUUGUCUCCACUGGCUGGCUGUGCUGUGCUCAGGCUGACGCCUCCUCUGCUUUUAAGCAAAGCCAAAGACAAAUAACGGCUGAAAACAGCAGUUUUAUUCAACGAAUUUGCUCUUUAAACAGCAGCCCAGGUGCGUAAUUGAAAAAGCUGCAAUCCUCCAGUGAGAGAACAAGAGGUCUUCCAGUCAUGUCAUGUACACUGUGUGCACAAUUAUUAGACAAGUGAGAAUUUUGAACAAAUCAUCAGUUUUAGUUUUAAGGCAUAAUUUAUUCAAGUGUAACGUGUGAUGUGAAUCUGUCUAAAGAGGUCAACACCUUAAAUCAAGGUUUACAUAAUUAUUAGGCAGCUUCUUUUCUUUAGACAAAAAAGUGAAUUAACUGAUUCUGAAAAGUCAAAAAUGACCAAAAGUCUCUCUGAGGGACUGUGAAGAUAUUUGGACGUGUUCACUGAACCAUCAAAUAUAAUAAUCAAACUCAUAGGGAAAUUAGUUUGAUUUUCAUGGGGAAAUGAAUGUUUUUCAUUUAAUUGUGUUAUAAAUUCUGGACACAAUAGUAGCUGCCCAAUAAGAACCCCGAAACCUCACUUUUACUUUCUUACACAUUAAUGUUUGAGGGUUGGAUUAACCGAGAGCGCUGUAGUUUGUAGUUAAUAAAAACAAUCCUCAAAAAUUACAUUUGCCUAAUAAUUAUGCACACAGUGUACAAUAAAAUACUUCCCUUUAUCCCUGCAAAGAUUUUAGGAGAUGUUUGCCGUCGGAGGAUCUGCUUAUGCAGCACAGCUACAGUCUGGCUUGUGGAGAUAAACAAACGGACGCCUGGUUUCAGAUUCUUUCAAGCUCUUAAAUCAUUCUGGGCACAGAUUCACAGAAAGAGGAAGAUUAUUCUAGCUUUAUAUUAUUUGUUGCAUAUUCAGACAAUAAUAGCACAAAUGCAAAAAAGCUAAAUGAAUAAUGUGACAUAUUUGGAAAUGAGAUUAAAUAGUCCAUUUUUGGGUAGGUGAUCAGAGGUUGAUGUCAUUCUCAUGUUUGUGGGGUAAACAUUAACCCACAUGCUGUAGUCAAUGCAAUGCUGCAAUCAAUUUAUUUUCCAGAAUUUAAAUUUGGGUGGAAUGAUCUGGAACAGCAUCUGGAUCUGAAAUCCCAAGUUGGAAAGUCAGUCGUUUUGCACAACCCACAACGUCGAAAUCCAAUAUAUUCAAUAAAUCAGUCAUACAAAAAUGUACACACUCUCUUGGUUAACAUAAAGAUUUAUACAAAAAAUAAUUACCCGGGGCAAAUGAGCAUCACGAUCUGCAAGUAUCGCUCAUUUCCCAACUUGAAGCUGUAACACUGUUUAGUUUGGCGAGGCAUUAUUUUGUCUGUGAAGUUUGGCAUAAAAACAAAGAAAGCACAUUAUCUAGAAACAGUGGGAUUGUGAAAACACAUCUCUGUUUCUGUUUCAUGGAAAUAAAGAAUGAGUUUUUAGUCUUGCAGAAAAAAACGUAAGUACUUCCAGGCUGGAUUUUUUUAGUUCCUGCUCGUCACUGAAAGCUAUUUAAAUUAUUUCAUACAAAUAAAACAAAUAUUUGGCUAUUUUACCACCUCCUCUAAGAUAUUUAAUUUUGGGUACAGACAUGUGAGAGAUAUCAGUGUUUUAUUAGACCAGAAUAAGUGCAUUUAUUUUAUUUGGACCUAUAUUUUUAAAGUGUGUGUAUUAAAGCUGAAAAGUAGCUGCUGUGAGGUCAUACUGUGGUUUAUGAACAGAAAAUUUGACAAGUGAGGUUCAGUAUUUUGGCCAUCAAUAAUAGAAUAUCUACAAUAAUUUUUUCUUUAUUUAAAAAAACUGUUUUCUGUUUCUGUUUGGUAAACUCUAAUUUUUUCCCCAGCCUUCUAAUAAAGUCUGAAGUGCUAGGCUAACAUUAGCAUGUUUUUUUCUAUAUUUUGAUUGCACUUGUUGAUAAUUUGGCCUCUAACAUAUUACAUUCCUGCUCUGGUUAAUACCAGUCAAGCACAAAAUUUACCCAAGUUUUUUUUCCUGCUCCAUAGACCUUUUGUUUUAAACAUCAGAAAUAUGAUCGAUCAGCACUUCAGCUGCUUUCUAUGCAGCUCUUACUAAGUCCAGCGCACAAAGCAGGCGACAUGAAACAAAAACUAAAGGAGGCUGCAGCAACCGAUACCGUCUCUGAUUCACUGUAGAGAUCAUUAUAAAGUGUGAAAAAUAUGUAGAUUGUCAGAUUUGUUCAACAAAAUAAUGAGAAUAGCAGCUCCUGCAUGAUAUCUGGUGAUGUACUUUGCUUGCUAAUGCAAUAUUUGAGGCUGAUGACGAUUCAGAAGAGUCAGGAGUUCAUUUUAUUCAAUCACUUAAAAAUACCUUGAUUGGGACAUCCAUGAGACGCUUCAGUGGUCAAACCUGAAGGCUAUUUCAGUCUUUUUUACACAUUAUGUGCAAGAAUGAGGAAAUGCAAUAAAUACACAUUCAUAUUAUACAAAGCUAUUGACCUGAUCUGAUAUAAUCUUUUAGAUUUUUACACAAAGUACCUGAGAAUGAUCAUCGUAUCACUACUGAGCAACUCCUUAAUGACUUACUGAAUGCUUAUGUUUCCUUUAGUUACUUUGACACUCCCUGUAAACAUCUAACAGGCUUAUUGCUGUUUAACGAAGAAACCCGGCUAACAAAGUGCCCUCUUACUCUUAAAAACUAACAGCUGUUCUAAUGUAGCACUGCAGGGCUCAUCCUGCUUCUUCUUACGUUUUCUUCUGUUUCGUUUUUUUAUUACUUGAAUUUAUGUUUCUGCACAUAAGACUGUGAAACAAACUGUGUUUUGAUCCUAAGGCAGCUGCUGCACUUCAGUCACAUGACAUGUCACAUGUGCAUGUUUUUACAAACUGCUGAAUAAAUCUCACCAAAGCAUCAAUCGGCAUCAGAGUGACACACCUGCUUCACAUAUUUGCUUACCAGGAGGAAUUGCUCUUUAGCAUACAAUUUCUCAGGUUGUAUGAAACUUAGUAGUGUUAAGUAUUUUCUUCCACAUCCCAGAUUUAGAAAAUUCUCCAGGAUGGAGGCUUGGGUUCACAUUAAAGCUACAGUUUGCAGGCCAGGGGUGUCCAAACUUUCUAUCAUGUGGGCCAAAAUCAGAAUCAAAAAUACUCACAAGACAAAAAUAAAACUAAAAUAAAAUUGUAAUAUAUGUUGUUCAUUGUAGAUUUAAAACUUAAAAAGGAUUUUCCAUUUUAAAAGAAAACCAUCUAGUUUUCUUUGCAGCCUGGUUGAAUGUAUCUUGAGUUAUAAGAACAAGAUUUGGGUCACAUUCUUUCAAAAUGCUUGUUAUAUUUGGCCAACCUCAAUAAAUUAAAUAAAAAGUGAUUUGGUUUUUCAGUUAAAGUUUCUGGAUGAGCAUGCUUCUACUUAUUAUAAACGUUUGGUUAUAAAAAUAUGCCUACUUUUGUACUAAGUACUGCUUUACUUACCAUUUCCUUUUGCAAUAAUAAUUUUACUCUGAUUAAAAAUCCAAAGUUUAAUAAACAAAUUAAUUUAAUUCUUGAACGGCAGUUUGGGGGCCCAAAUAAAUCAGUCCAACAGCCACAAAUUGUACUUUGGGCGCCCCUGAUGUAGACCAGGGACUUGCUCCUCUGAGAACAAUUUUUCCACCAAGAUGUACUUAAGAAAGUGGCUUCAAAAAUGGUAAAGAAAAGCUAAAAAGUGUUUUUAAGUUACUGCAAUACUGAUGAAGUGUCUGUGGUAUAAGCAAGACAGAAAGUGAAGGACGAUUCUGCAAAGGUUUCUCUCUGCACCAAAAGGCUCAACCAGCAUUUUCCAACAUGAUGUUGCCUCAGUAAUGCAUGAAACUGACGGUUGGAUUAAACCUUCUUGCUUAAGCCUCAGCCUCUCAACAAUCUUUGCUUUGCAUCAAAACAUUAUACCUGGUUUGUCUCCUUGAUGUUACUGGAGGUAAACGAUGCAACACAAUCUAUUCCAGCAUGGCCCACUUGCUGUACACACUGAUGUUUGAAUUGAUUUAAGUAAAAUAAAAACUCCUACUGGAUUAAAUGUGAUGCUCUGGAAGAAAAUAACUUAUUUUAUGUAAAUUGCAGUUUAAAUCAAAACCAUUAGGGCUAAGAAUUAAUUACUGACCUGAUAAGAGAUCUUGUGUGUCAAACUUGAUGUUGCAUUAGUUUGUUGUACAUCUUAUGCAGUUCUUUCACAUUUCCAACCUGAAAGAAAAUGGUGAGACAUUAAUGACGAAGGUGAGACAUAAAAUGUCUGAGUUUAUGUGAAACGGACAUUCGUCACAGUGAAAAAGUGUAACUGGCUCCAGUUUGGAAGGAAACAUUGUUUAAAUCAAUAAAAAAAAAAAAAAAAAACAUC